AUGGAGCCUUGUUUACCAGCAGUUUCUCCAACAACUGCCAGUAUGACCUCCAAGCAUCUCUACCAGACCCCGCUCGACAUGACAAAACCCGAGAUCAGGUUACUCGAGGUGAUAGAGGACAAAGAUGCCAUUAGGUGCAAACUAUACACUGCCACCUUCGACAGCACGCUCCGCUUUGCUGCAUUAUCCUACGUUUGGGGUGAUGCAGCUGAUACAAAAAGCAUCGAAAUCGAUGGUGUCCAAAUGACCGUCUCUAGAAGCCUCUCAAACGCCUUGAAGCAUGUUCGGAAAUACUGGGCAUACGAAUUUCCUGAUACAGACCAAUCUGAGUUUAGGAUUUGGGUCGAUGCCGUGUGUAUCAACCAGUCCGACAAAGUAGAACGCACUGAACAAGUCAAGCUCAUGCGUGCAAUCUACUCCUCAGCCGAUCUCGUCCUUGGAUGGCUCGGUGCAGACGACAAUGAGAAGAUCAUAAGAGCAAUUUGCACAAUUACCACUAUUGGAAAUGUUUUUCGAGGAGCCAAAUGGGACGUGGAAAAGCUGAAGGACCUCAAAUGGCUAAAGAGAUCUGGUCUUGUCGACGAGCCGGCCUGUGACAAAUACUGGCAGUCACUCAACUAUCUUGGAGGUUUGGCCUAUUGGCAACGCGUGUGGAUCUUGCAAGAGAACAUUCUGGCCUCGACACUUUUCUACAUCACGCCCAACAUGUCGAUCGAGUACGGCACGUUGAUGAACACAUGUACCAUGUUCGACAUUCUAUCACAGACGUUAAUUGAUGAACGCACGAACAAACCCGAUUUCGUUCCCACCCACAUUUGGUACAUGUUUAAUCCACCGAAACACACCGGAUUCAUUUCACUAAGAAACAUUCUUCGCUUUGGCACUGCAAGAGUUCUUUACUCGAGUAAAGCGAAGGAGGACGACGUGGAGGAGCAGCGGCAGAUUGAUAUCACUCUUGCGCAAUAUGCCAGUUUGCUUCAGGCAACUGACCCUCGUGACCACGUUUAUGGACUCCUUGGUUUAAGUUCACUACCGAUCAAGCCUGACUAUACAAAAGAAGUGAGAGAAGUAUACAUUGACUACUGUCGUGCAAUUUUUGAUAAACAGGAUGGGAAAACUAAGAAAGACCUCGUGUUUCUUCGGGAUGGUGGUGCCGGCGUCUUCGACGAUUCUCUCGAUAUACCAUCAUGGGCACCGCAGCUUCCGUUGAGGGCAUCUGGCAUUCCCACCCUGAUGUUCGACGAAAAGCUCAGUCUCAUCGAUAUUGUGCUACGUCUACCACCUCCAAGGAUCUCCGGUGGGGUUCUAAGCCUGUGUGGCAUACGACUGCAGACUCUGAAGAGCAUCGGAGGGCAUCCAGAAAUCCAGAAUCUCCAGAAAGGUGGCAACGCUUUUGACUGGAUACAAGACUACAUCAAGCGCAUACCAUUUUACGCAACCAAGAUUCCGUCUAUUUGGGCGCUGUUCCUAGUCGUCAUGCGAAUGCAUAGACUGGUGACAGACACGCCUACGCUGCUACUGCUGCAGAACUUCAUCGCGCGACUGAAUCUUGACAUCCCAGUGAGUGAUAGAAAGAAAAGUGGUAUUCCAAAAUACUACCAGACUCCAGAAAUUGACGGGCUUUCUGUGAUGAUGUGUCUUGACGGCGGGAAUAAUCCUCAGCUCGCAACGUGUAUCUCCCCCCUGCUAGGAUUAAAAGAAUUGGAUCACUCAAGCUCAAGUUCUGGAACAGCACAGCAAUCAGCGUCAUUUUCUUUCACAGACCAUCACGAGGCGUUGGAAGCCAGGACAUUUGAAACUAAUUCGCGACUCAUCUUUACACUUAAACGAAACUACAACACCAGAAUCUUUGAAACAGAUCAAGGUUAUCUGGGCUUGGGGCCACAGGAUUGCCGAAUUGGGGAUGUUAUUUGCUUAAUUGAUGGCUACCAAGAUCUUGUCCUGCUUCGCAAGCGUGGUGAGCAGUUUGUGUACGUUGGGCCGUGCAUGGGAUAUGGACUCUCAGAUAUGUAUAUUAAGCGACGGGUAGAGCUUGGAGAGGUGGUAGUUGAAGAUUUCGACAUAGUUUAG